AUGUACCCUGAUGCCUCUUACGAUGCAUCAGGCGGCGGUUUAGACGACUUUAAUGGCCUGUGCAUAGGCUGGUUCGGCGAGCCUGUUUCCCAUGCUGUUCUUCAAGGCAUCAAUCCAGAAGGAAAGAACACCCUCAUCUACGAGCUUGAAGUCUUGGCGGCUGUUCUUGGUUGCGAGCUCUUGCUGUCCACUUUAAGGCCGUGCGACAUUGUUCUUUUCACGGGCAGUGAAGCUGCCCUGUCGGCUUUGAUAUGCGGACGUUCCGAUUGUGCUUUUGUUCAGCAUGCUCUAAACCGUCUUUUCGAUCUGGAGGAGGAUCGCAGCUUGAACGUUUGGUUUGAAAGAGUUUGCAGUGCGAACAACCCUGCAGACGCGCCUUCAACUGGCUCUUACCUGCUGCUUGAUUUCCCAAGGCAUCGCUCUUCUGUGAGCCGUGUGCUCUCCGAGUUCUGUGCCUCGUCGACUGGGGCCCCGGCACUGGACUCUUCCGAGCUUCCCGCCGUGAAAAAGAAAGAGUGCACGGAGGAUGACCUAGUACAAAGCUCGUUCCUGGUCGCCAUGACGUGCUUGACAAAGGCAUCACAGACGCCUUUGCAACACUUUGCAACGUCUUUGGUUGAAGCGGAGGAGCUUGCAAAAUUGUUUCCUAUGUACACAACUCCGCUGGAGGUGCUGCUGCAGAUGUCUGAAGUCAAGCCACAUGAAGAGUUGCUUCAAGAAGGAUCGCUAAGCAUAUUUGAUGAUGCCAAGGGCAAAGCCAUGUUUGUUUCCCACCAGUGGCUCACCAAGCUCCACCCGGAUCCCGAGUUCAAGCAGUUCCCGGUUUUACAGCAGGCGAUCAGAAACAUUCGCUCAGGCGCAACAAGGAUUCGAGUGGAAGCAAUCAGUGAGUUUACUUUCGGUUCCAAAGAGGCCACGUCGGUAACACAGUUGCUGGCAGAGUCCAACGAUAUCUUUGUGUGGUACGACUACUUCUCCUGUCCGCAGCUGGAACACAAACUGAAAGGUGAGGCCUGGCUGAAGGAGACAGCUGGUGGCGAGCUUCGAAGAGCUGUGGACAGCAUCCCUGCUUAUAUCACGCAUUGCCAGGUCUUCUUGGCCUUGUGCCCCGUGGUCGCGAGUGCAGAUGGUGUUUCGCUUGGACCAAGCACUUGGAACGAAAGAGGCUGGUGUCGCGUUGAGCAGAUGAUGCGAGAGCUGUCUCCGGGCAGUGGCGCAUGGGUCAUCGUCAAAAGCGCCAUGCACCUGGAGGUCAAGUUCCUUGGUCGCUGCUCCCCCGGGGAGGGUGAGUUUACCGUGGAAGGAGACCGUGCCCGGGUGGCCCCCAUCCUCCGAGAUGCUUUGAGGAGCAAGCUUCUUGCUUGCCUGCGAAGUGGGCAGCUGUCGACCUACAGGCUCUUCCUCAACGAUCAGGCUUCCAGGUUCCGGGGACUUCCCGCGGAGCCGGUCGGCAGCCUGGUGAGCGACGAACGCGAAGGCGACGAAGUCCUGCAGGAUGAGGAUGAGUCGGAGCUUUUGGUGGAGUUUUUUCGCCAAAAUGGAUUCCGCCGAGCUCUGGAGAGAGAUGCAAUGGGUUGGUCUCCAAUCUGCUAUGCCGCGCUACAAGGUGACCCGCGCUUGAUUGCAGGGUUAUUGGCCCAGCGUGCAAGUCCGAAUGAUGAAGUCAAAAAGGCCUGGGCAGCGGCAGGGUUGUCACCAAGAUGCCCUGUACUCAGCAUUUGCAUCUCCAGCGGGGGGCACGACUCCAUGAAGAUCUUGCUCGAAGCCAGGGCCUGUGCAGAUGUCAAGGGCAUCCAGCAGCCGCCUAUACUCAUGGCAUGUGCUCACAACGACACGAAGGCAAUUCAGAUGCUGUGCCACUUCGGUGGCAAUCCCUUCUUGAAGCAGUCCUUCGGUUGGACGCCCAUAAACAUCUGUGCAGCCUUCUCAAAGAUGGACUCCCUCGAAGAGAUGAUCCGCCAGCAAGGAGAUGCCGUCGACCUCUCGAGCUCGUUGAUCUACAAGGCCGCCAUCAUGGGAAGCUCACUUCCCUGCAUCAGUCGACUCAUCGACGCGAGAGCUGACUUGAAUGAACAGUAUGAGCCUUCUGCCACAGAUCCACUGGGCCUAUUGAUGAAGCUCAAAGGUUUGCAGUACCGGAUCAGCAAGGUUCCCAGCAUCUUCUCCACCGUUGGAUACCACCAUUAUGGCUCCACGCCCCUGAUGGUUGGAAUAAUGUGUGGCAACUUUGAGACCGCAGUUGCGCUCAUCAUGAAGAAAGCGCGCCUCGACUUGAAGAAUGUCCGCGACAAGACAGCCAUCGACCUCGCACACGAGCUGCAAGCCCCCGAUUACCUGGUCAGCGCUCUCCAGGAGCCUGGAAGUUUAGAAGCGAGACAGCCAGUCGGCAAGUCGAUGCAGCCCAAUGAUUCACAGGAAUCCAUGCAAGUGCACCAUCUCUAG